CUUUUUCCGCUCUCACAUAUUUCAAAAAUUGAAAUCUUCAGUUUCUUCCCACUCCAGAACAAACAAACAAAGCAAAGCAAAGGAGCAUCCAUGGAGAAAUCGACGGAGAAGAGCGUGAGCUCUGUUGCUUCUGGAAACUCAAUCAACUCGAAGCUGAGGUAUCCUCUCAGAUCCAAGGAAGGGAAGCCUCCUGUUCCUGAUUUCUCAGGCUCUUCAGCACCCAGAAGGGGACGAGUUGCAUCUGCUGUUAGUCAGAGUACUACGGUUCUUGAUCUCUCUGCUAAGAAGAGUGUUGAUCGAGCCAAGCCGCCAAGAAGAAUGUCGAUUCCAAACAAGGCCUCAAGCAACUCUUCUGCUAGAUCUGUAAGCAGCAGCGUCACUUCUUUGUCGGAGACCAAGGCCAAGAGACCAGUGGGCAGUACCAGGAGCUUGAAUGUUACGCCUGUCUCUAGUGUGAUGAGAACAGCGGCUCGGAGAAAAGUUGAGGAUUUGUCUUCCUCUGCUUACUGGCUGACUCAUAUCAAGCUUGCUGAAUCAGUGGCCAAACACUCGAUCUCUCUAGGGUUUUUUAAACUUGCUCUUCAUGCAGGGUGUGAGCCACUUGACAAGAUGAGAGAGGAGUUGAAAUCAUAUGCUGCUCGCAACAACAUGGAUGGGCUUGCUGAUGCUAUGAAGGAACUAUCUGAGCUGUACUGUAUCUCAGAAGAAUCCAAGCAGACGCAGAAGGUCUCAGAGACCAGUUCUGUCGUGGCUGAAGAAACAACUGCUUCUUUGAAGAAUGAUGAUGAUGUCCAGAGUUCACUCUCCACUCCUGUAGCUUCGAACAUCACAUCAGAGAUCAUGAAAGAGGAUGUUUCCCAAGAUUCAGCUGUCAUAGAAGAAGCCAAGGAUGAAGAGGUCUCUGAAAACAUUCCACAAGAAAGAACUAGGAGGUCUUUGGAUGUAAUCAAUGUGAACCAAGCGGAUGUUCCAGAUGUUGUUCAAGGAUCAGAAGAUGGAGUUCCAGUGGUGACUGUAGUUCACCCUUCUGAGAAGAAACGUGCAAAUAAGAAGGAGACUGUUUCUAAGAACAGCCUGCCCGUGAAGACAAAGAAAGCAGUAGCGACCAACUCUGUCAAUCCAAGAGCAGUUCCAGAAAACAAGGACAAUAAGUCUCAGAAGAAACCUGAAAGGAUCACUAAGCCAAGGACUAAGAAAGUUCAAGAAGACACUAAGAAGUCCACCAAAAAAGCUGUUGCUAAAGAAGGUGAAGUUAAAUCUCUGAAGCAAAUGGAGAACAAAGAAAACUCUGUUGUUGUUGGUGCAGGAGAAGAAGUCCAGGUUUGAAUAACAAAGAAGCGUUUCUUCACAUCUCUCAAUCAACUCUUUUUCUUUCUUUUCUUUUGGUUUGAAUGCUUGUUCAAGGUACAUAGUUGAAACUUGAAACGCGUUUGCAAGUUCGGUUUGAAAGAACAAAUAUUUUAUUUGCUUGGUUUUGUAAUUGUGUUAUGUUUUUUCUACCCGUCUCUCUUCAUUUGAGAUGUCUUUCUGUUCAAGUUUGUCUAUUCAUAGUUAUCAAAUAUAUUUCUCAUUUUAAAACA